CAGCAUUGCUGUGCCCUCUUGUGUUGCUGCAGGGGCUAUCCAGAACUUCCAGCUGUUACUGCUGUAUUACAUAGAUGAUCACUCAUAACACAGCCUUAUGCACACUGAAAGCUGGAGAAACUUCUGGGUGUGAUAAAGGAAUGCCUUGGAAUGCCACAGAGCUUUGGAAACUAGAAGAGUGUCUCUUGUGGACUUGGAGAAGUCUGCUAAAAUGAUCUUUCCACCAUGUUUGGGAAAAAGAAGAAGAGGCUGGAAAUCUCCGGCCCCUCCAACUUCGAGCACCGGGUGCACACCGGCUUCGACCACCGGGAGCAGAAGUUCACGGGGCUGCCCCAGCAGUGGCACAGCCUGCUGGCAGACACGGCCAACAGGCCCAAGCCCAUGGUGGAUCCCUCAUGCAUCACCCCCAUCCAGCUGGCUCCUAUGAAGACCAUUGUUCGGGGGAACAAGCCUCGAAAGGACACUUCGAUCAACGGGCUGCUGGAGGAGUUUGACAACAUCUCGGUGACCCGCUCCAACUCGCUGCGGAAGGAGAGCCCUCCCCGGCACCACCAGGGCAGUGCCAACCAUGUGCCCCGGCCCCGCGAGGAGAAUGGCUUCAUCGUGUGCUCGCAGUACUCGAGCGAGUCGGACAGCACGGCCGAGAGCGCCGGGGAGCGGCUGCGGGACCGGGCCCUGUGCGGGGACGAGUGGGACCGCUACUGCCAGGGCAGCCUGGCUGCCCGGCACAACGGGCACCUGCUCAAGGUCACGGCCCGCGACUUCUACUACUCAGAGGUGGCCCCCCUGCAGCCAGAGCUGUCCCGGUUCCUCCCGGAUUACCAGGCUCACCUGGAGAGCAAGCCCAAGGCGCUGGAGUACGGCGGCCUGAGGCUGGAGUACCAGCGCGUGCCCAGCGGCUCCUCCCUGGACUACCGAGAUUCUUUCCCCUACGCCCCGUCCCGGGCCUCGCUGCAGAGUGAGGGCCCCAGGGACCGGCUGGACUACGGGGACCCUGACUGGGGACACGGCCUCGCCAAGGAGGACAUGGACAAGAGGCCCAAGUCCUCGUACGUGGACCCCGCGAGCCCCCAGCCGGCCAUGAGGCAGAGAUCCAGGUCGGGCUCGGGCCUGCAGGAGCCGGCCAUGCCCUACGCGGGCAGCGCCUUCAAAGCUCACCAGCAGGGACAUCCCUACAGCUCGUACACCUACCCCCGGCUGUCCGAGAGCGCAGCGGGAGUGCCCAAGGUGGACUAUGAGCGAGCGCAGCUGGUGGUCAGCCCCCCGCUCUGUGGCUCGGACACGUACCCGCGGGGCCCAGCCAAGCUACCUCAGAGCCAGGGCAAGGGCAGCUACCCCGGCGGCGGCGGCAGCUACCAGUACCCCGUGCUGUACCACAAGGCUCCCCACGUGCCGCAGCCCGGCUCCCCGUUCGUGUCCCCGGGCUCGUACCCCAGCUCGCCCAGCCUGGCGCCCGGCGCGUACCCCCCGCCCAGCUGGGGCUCGUGCUCGGAGCAAGCGCCCUCCAGGGUGUCCCACGAGCAGUUCCGCGCCGCCCUGCAGCUGGUGGUGAGCCCCGGGGACCCCCGCGAGUACCUGGACAGCUUCCUCAAGAUCGGCGAGGGCUCCACGGGCAUCGUGUGCAUCGCCACCGAGCGCCACUCGGGCAAGCAGGUGGCCGUCAAGAAGAUGGACCUCAGGAAGCAGCAGAGGAGGGAGCUGCUCUUCAAUGAGGUGGUGAUCAUGAGGGAUUACCACCACGAGAACGUGGUGGACAUGUACAACAGUUACCUGGUGGGCGACGAGCUCUGGGUGGUGAUGGAGUUCCUGGAGGGCGGCGCCCUGACCGACAUCGUCACUCACACCAGGAUGAACGAGGAGCAGAUCGCCACGGUGUGCGUGUCCGUGCUGCGCGCCCUGUCCUACCUGCACCACCAGGGCGUCAUCCACCGCGACAUCAAGAGCGACUCCAUCCUGCUCACCAGCGACGGCAGGAUAAAAUUGUCUGACUUCGGCUUCUGUGCUCAAGUGUCAAAGGAGGUCCCCAGGAGAAAGUCCCUGGUUGGGACACCCUAUUGGAUGGCACCAGAGGUGAUAUCCCGCCUGCCCUACGGCACUGAGGUGGACAUCUGGUCCCUGGGCAUCAUGGUGAUGGAGAUGAUCGACGGGGAGCCGCCGUACUUCAACGAGCCGCCGCUGCAGGCCAUGCGCCGCAUCCGGGACAACCUCCCGCCCCGCGUCAAGGACACACACAAGGUCUCGGCGGUGCUGCGGGGCUUCCUGGAUUCCAUGCUGGUGCGGGAGCCCUCGCAACGAGCCACGGCGCAGGAGCUGCUCCGCCACCCCUUCCUGAAGCUGGCCGGGCCCCCCUCGUGCAUCGUGCCCCUCAUGAGGCAGCACAGGCACCGCUGAAGGGCUGCUGGCGAGGGGCAGAGCCCGGCUCGUGGCGUGCGGGAUCGCAGGCAGGGAGGAGCAGCAGCAGAGCCUUGAGGAGGAAGGCAGCCCUGAGGAAACGCUGCCGUGUGUACAGAGAGCCCCGGGGCAGGCAGUGCUCCCUGCUCCGCUGUGCCAGGGACAGGAGCAGGCCGGGCACACCCAAUGCCAGCCUGGGCGAGGCAGCACGGAGCCAAACAGCUGAGCUUCACCGCGGGCUGAGGCACUUCUGGCUCAGAAGAACACUUUUCUGGCAAACAAAGCACUUUUUAUCUCGGCCAGAGCAGCGCAAUGUAUUUUGCAAGAAGUUUGUAAUUUUCUGUACAGUACGUUUUGAUAACUUGCAGUACUUUGUCAUGUACCUGUUGUGUUAGUUAAGUAAUGAGUGUAACUUAGAGAAUUUGAGAAGAUGAAGUUUCCUACUUUUUUAAACCCUUUUGAAAACAGGAGAAAAAAACAAAAAACAAAAAAAAAAAAAAAGAAACCACAGCCACCUUUAUGAAGUUGUAAGGUUUUGCAGAGUUGCCAUGGGGUGAGCAGGGGCUGAUCCUGCCCUGCCUUGGGGCACUGGGUGGCAGAGGCGGCCCAGGGCCCUCCCGGGCUGGCCGAGCCCUCUCUGGCCGUGCCACCACCACGCCUGCUCUGCCACCGCAGCGGCCUCCAGGACUGCUGUCACACUCUGGCAGGGGACAGGAGAGCAGCAGCUCCUCCUGCCAGCCCACAGGGAUCCCCAGAGCCCAGGCAGAGCCCUGGGAUGGGAUGGCUUGGGAUGAGCUGCCAGCGUUUGCCAGAGAGGAGGAGUCGUGCUGCUGUCUAGACCUUUCUGAAUGUUGAUGCAACAGUUGACUACUGCGGUACAAUUUUGUGUUAUUUGUUGGAUGACUUUGCAUGUUAACUGUAGGCCUAAAUAGAUUUGCCUUUAAAAUUUUUAGAAGUGCUUCAUAAUUAUUUCGAUGAGAAAAUAAUUUUAUUUAUUAAUGAUGAGUUGUUUUUAAUUCUGUAUAAUACAAAAGCCAUGUUUUUCAAGUUUGUUUUUUUUCUUACUGACCUCAUUUUAUGGUAUCUUUAAGAACCACAAGGCCAACUUUGUGAAAACACAGUUUCUUUCUUUUUAUGAAAUUUCAUAGUUAAUAAAUUAAUUGUUAUUUAUUGUAGUAAAUUAUAACCAAACAUCUAAACCUGGCAGGAGCUGUUGCUUAAAGAUCUUCCUCUGGGAGAAAAGAGUUGCCAAUAGUAAAGAAGCUCCUUUAGUUCUGCCCUUAAAGAAUAUUUGGAGGGAGAGAAGCAAUUUAAAAAUAAAAAAGGAAGAAGGAGCUAAGGAUGACCUGGAACAUGGAAGAGCUGUUCUUACAUCAGUGUCUUACCCCAGUGCUCUCUCCCUAGCCCUGUUUGCACAUUUGAAGAAGACGCUGAAGAAAACGUUCGGCUCCCAGAGCCCACCCAGCAGGGAGCACCCCCAGCCUCCCAGGGCUCUCUUUUGUAGUCUUGACAACUCAGGAAACCAGGCUGCACCAGUCCAGGCAACGGCACAACUUAGCACUAGCUACAGAAUUACCUUUUGUAACCAUCUUUGGAUAAAAAGGGGGUUGGUGGGAGUUUUUUCUUCAAUAUUCAGCACAUUUUAGGCUGUACAAGUGAAGAAUUUUCUGCAACUUUCUUAUCAUUAGAUACUUUAAGCAGUGUUCAUCGAGUUUACUGAGAGUUUUGUUAAUUUCAAAGGGGUUUUUUGUGAACACCAGCUACUGGUGAAACAAAUGCACAUGCAAGUUCAAUAAAUUCAUUAAUAAACACUUCAAGUUUCA